CCGAGGGGCGGCAGCAUCCACGCACUCCGGGGGAUGGAUCCCGGGUACCGAUGCUCCCCCUCUAGGGCCGGGCUCUGGUGCGGUUGUCCCGGUCCUCCCUCCCCCGCCCCCCCAACCCUGCCACGGGCCGGGCCCGGUUGCUCCCGCCCCUUCCCUGCCAGGCCCGGUCCGGUCCCGGUGCAGCGAGGAAUGGAUGAGGAACUGCUCCGCGCCCUGGGGGGGCUCAGCCUGCACCCCCGGCGGCGCCAGUUCGGCGGGAGGCUGGUACUGCUGCGGGGGCUGCCGGGCUCCGGGAAGAGCACCCUGGCCAGACAAUUGAAACGUGACUUUCCUGGUGCUGUAGUUUUUAGUACUGAUGAUUUCUUCGUGGAAAAUGGUGUCUAUGAGUUUGAGCCUGACUUCCUAGAGGAUGCACACAAAUGGAACCAGAAGAGAGCACGCAAAGCAAUGAAGAAUGGGAAAAGCCUGGUUAUUAUUGACAAUACCAACAUCCAUGCUUGGGAAAUGAAGCCGUACGUGAUGAUGGCACGUGAAAAUAGAUACGAAGUGAUAUUCCAAGAACCAGAUACACCCUGGAAGUUCAAUGUUCAAGAGCUGACAAGAAGAAACAUUCAUGGUGUCCCUCGACAAAAGAUCCAACAGAUGAAAAAAGAAUACGAGCACAAUGUUACCUUCCACAGUGUUCUUCAGUCUCACAAACCAAGCAGUUUUGAGGGAAGUUGCAGGGGACCAAAUGCAGCUCAUUCCAAGCACCCUGCAGCCUUCUCUGACAGAAGACCUCAUGUGGCACAUCCAAACACAUCAUUUUGCUGAAGAUGUGGAUUCUUCGGUGUAUUUUAAUUACCAGGGUAUAAAAGUAUCCAGUUUUACAUAUUUUUUUUCUAAACUUUUUAAAAUUCUUGUAUUUUUCUAUUGCAUUUCUAAAUAGCUUUUAUUUCUUAUGAGUCUUUAAAGAUGUUCUCCCUAUGAUUAUGAUCUCACAUGAGCUCUACAUGACAGAUCUAAGAGCAAUCUCCCCAGUGCAAACUGUCCUUCCUCUCAUCUCUCCUCCUCCAUGAAAAUCCAUUCAAGCUUACAGUAAAAUUUUCUGUCUGUGCCAUAUAUUUUUUAUUUUUUCCCCUGCAUCACUCUGUCACUAAUAAGAGACAAAUAGUAUUCCUAAAUUCAUCUCCUACAGGCCAUGUGGCCAAUUCCCUCUCCACUGUUGGCAUUUCUUGCCAUUUUAAUACAUAACAUCUGGCACUGGCAUCUUUUGUAUCUUCCCACUCCAAUGUGGCCUUGAGCAUCACUGUCAGCUUUAGGAGAGGAAAAGUGAACAAUGGAAAAGGAUUGCAGCAAGAUUUGAUCUUGUUCCCUACCUACACCUCUGCUGGCUGGAUUCUUCCUGGUCUGACCUCAGCUCUAGCCCAGCUAAAGAGCUUCUCCAGCCUGAAGGUGAACCAGUAAUGCACCAAAUUGAGCCCUUUAUCUUGCCAAGACACAGUAAUUCAACAGUCCUGAGAUAAAUCCAUUUGUGGUGGCUCCUGAAAGGGAACAGCAGCUUUAGGCUACUGCUUGUUCAGCUCUAAGCAGGAACAGCUACAGGAGCAGCUCUGAACAGCUGAAGGAUAAAGCUACCAAAUAAACUAACUCAGAAGUACAAAAUAAUGGCAAGGAGGAAAAGAAAUUCUUGUAUGGGGAGAAAUCAACUCCAUCCAUGCUCAGGUUCUGAGAAGCCACCAGCUAAUGGAUGGAGAAAAGCCAACCUGCAAUAGUUUUAUCUGUAUUGCUUAAUUCUGCUGAUGAUGUUAUCAAGCAGCUUCAUUCUUAAACAUUCUUAAACCUCAGCAUUGAGGUAGGUAUGGAGUAUUAGGUGAUGCUUAUAGAACAGGGCAGUAGUGAGCUAUGCAAAGAAAAUGUAGACAGGUCACAGCAGAAUUUAAGUAGGAGUGAAGAAGCUGCUGGUCAAAGCCAUUUAUCAGACAGAGAAGUAUAAGAGAUAUAAAGAAAUGAAUGGCCCAGGACCCCUGAACAGUUGCCCAGUGGGAAGCUGGUGGUCUCAGUUCCAAAACCCUCCUUUGACCCACACCCAGUGGGGAACAGCAGGGCAAGGGGCACCCUGGCAACAAACAAACUAAAAUGUGGAGUUGGCAUUGGUCAAGCAGGACUGCUUCCUUCCUGUGGAGUAACUCCAGUUCUGAGAAGCUUCACCUGCUGAGGUUAAUGAUAACAAGGUAAGGAAUUCAAGUACUCACUCACUCCUGGUAGAAAGAUCUUGUGCUGAAAUGGAAGGAAGAUGUGAUGAUCAUUGA